UGAACAGCAGCAAAUCUUUCGGCUGCACACCCGACAGCAGACCCAUAUACUGCAGGACAUUUCUAAGCAGUUCCUUUACCCUGAGCAGGAAACAUGAUCUGCAUAUUUGUCUUCUCAUGUCUCGCAAGUCUCAGUUUGGGGCUUGAGGUCCAUCAGUCCCACUCUGAUCUCAUCAAAAAAGCUGGUGAUGAAGUUCACAUUUUCUGCACCCAUGAAAGAACCGACUACAGAGUGAUCCUCUGGUACCAACAGUCGCCUGGAGACACGGCCAUGAAGCUCAUCGGAUAUUUGUACUUCAAAGAUCCGACUAUCGAAGACGGAUAUAAAAAGGACUUUGGGAUCUCUGGAGACCUGGGAGGGGAUACGGCGAAGAACGGAUCCCUGACGAUCCAAACCGUGAAACAGGAUCACUCUGCCGUUUACUACUGUGCUGCAAGAGAAGCACAAUGACAGAAAUCCUCUCUGCACCUCAACAAAAACUGAGCUGUGUUUUAUCAUCAGUGGUUUUUAUAGAAAAAUGAUUAAACGUCUUUCAAGCACCUGCUUCUGUGGUUGGAAAGAAGGAAGAUUCAAAACACAGACUAAAUAUCUGAGUCACUUUGUUUGAAUUAAACAUUUUUACCACAGACUGAAAACCCACUGUUGCUCGCUACACACACAAAUACACACAAACAUUUAUAUACAACAUCAUCACUGCAUUUAUGUGAGUUUUUAAAAAUCAUUUGUGCAAAUGAAGGC